CUUACAGAAGCGAGUCUCUAGAGUGGAGGUGAAGGUGGCCAAAGAUGUCACCGACUCACCGUGAUGGAAGAUUUAGGAGCUAACUUCACCCAAAUCCAAGGAGAUGUUCAAGGUUUGGGGACUAGUGUGUCGAGUUUGGCAAUGAAGGGCUUCGAGAAUAGCUCAUGGACCUCAUCAAAGACAUGAUCUCCACCUCCAUGAACAACUCCAUUGAGGUAAUGAAGGAGAUGGUUCUUGCUGAGAUGACCGUCUUGAAGGAGGAGGUUGCGGAGCUCAAAAGCGAGGUGAUGCUUGUGAAGAGGGUCAUGGCUAACAGACCUGCUGCGACGCAACCUACCUCAACUAUGGAGAUUUUAAGACCGAAGAGCUUUAAAGGGUUGAGGAAGGCAAGGGAGUUAGAGAAUUUCCUAUGGAGCUUGUAGCAAUACUUCGAAGCUUCGGGUAUUUGAGAUGAGAAUAUCAAGGUAAAAACUGCACCUCAUUAUUUGAGUGAUGAUGCUAUGUUGUGGUGGAGAAGGACCCAAGGCGGUAUCAGUAAAGGGACGUGCAUGAUGGAGUCAUGGAAUGACUUCAAGAGGGAGAUCAAUAGGAAAUUAUACCUCGAGAAUGUUGCGUUCGAAGCGCGAUCAUGACUAAGGAGGCUUGCUCACGAAGGAUAGAUUCGAGGGUUUAAGAAGGAGUUUUCCAAAUUGUUGCUCGAGAUCCCCGACUGCACCAACAAGGAGGCCAUGUUCACCUUCCUUGACGGUCUCCAACCAUGGGUGAAGUUGGAGCUACAAUGGCGAGGCAUGCAAAGUCUUGCCGAGGCGAUGGCGAUUGCCGAGUCUCUAGUCGAGUACCACAAUCCAGAAGAACGUGCGAAGUUCUGAGGCAAUGAAGGUGGGCACGACUA